AUGGCUGAGCAGAGCUGGCGGGGUGGUUUCUCUCGACUGGAACAGCCGGCGGGAUCAGCGGGCAAAAAAGCAAUUGAACUGCCCCACCGAGAGCAGCAGCAGCAGCAGCAGCAGCAGCAGGACGAGCGAAGAGCAGAGGUUCCUUGGACGGUGCUGGAGGAGAGCAGCCUGAGUGAGCGAGCGAGCGAGCGAGAGGGACGGACGGAGAUGGAGUUGGCAGGGCGGACGAGGGCUGCAGACGAGGGUCGAAGGGACCUGGGCCGACGGUUUCGGCGGCGGCGGCGGCGGCGGGCGGAGCAAGCUGGGUAA